GAAUAACCGAAGAGGUGGAGCGGUCCAGCGCUACGGGAGUAGUGGAUUCAAUCCCGGGUGGAAGAAUUUUGAUUUAACCCAUUAUAAAAGUGAUUUUUAAUGUCAAAGGCACAUCACAGGCUAUACACGCGUCAUGGCGGCAAAUAAGAGUAAAAAUCAGAGUUCCCUGGUUCUGCACAAGGUCAUAAUGGUCGGCAGCGGCGGCGUGGGAAAAUCAGCCCUCACACUGCAGUUCAUGUAUGACGAGUUUGUGGAGGAUUAUGAACCCACCAAGGCUGAUAGUUACAGGAAGAAGGUGGUCCUGGACGGAGAAGAGGUGCAGAUUGAUAUUCUGGAUACGGCGGGACAGGAGGAUUACGCUGCCAUUAGAGAUAACUACUUCCGGAGCGGAGAAGGUUUUCUCCUGGUUUUCUCCAUCACAGAGUCAGAGUCCUUCAGCGCUGCUUCAGAGUUCAGAGAGCAGAUCCUGAGAGUGAAGGCGGAGGAGGAUAUAAUUCCUCUCUUGUUUGUCGGAAAUAAGUCUGAUUUGGAGGACAGGCGGCAGGUGACAGCGGACGAGGCUCGAGCCAAAGCGGACGAGUGGUCGGUUCAGUAUGUGGAAACGUCGGCCAAAACUCGAGCAAACGUUGAUAAGGUGUUCUUUGAUUUGAUGAGAGAUGUGCGGACGAAAAAGAUGUCUGAGAGCAAGGAGAAAAACGCAAAGAAGAGCGGCAAGAAGAAGAAGAGUUUGAAAGAAAGAUGUAUGCUGCUUUGAGAUCCACAUGCUUGAUUCCCAUCAAACUUUCUUGGCCUGGACUGAGCCGAUGUCAUGGACGAUGGAGGGACCGAUUCUCUGUCAUCCACAUCAUUAUUGUUGCUAAAUACAAUCAAAGCAGAACUCUGAGUCACUGUGUGUCCUCCAGUGAAGCAACUCUUCAACACCUUCAAAGGAUUGUUUGUGCUUCCUUCAGGGUUUCCAAUGUAUGAUAACGUAUGCAAUAUUGUGUUUUGUGAAUGUAGAAAAGAAUUAUUAUACUCUAUAUUAAACAGUUAAUGCUAUGAAUCCACUGCAAGUUUAAGACUGCUAUCUAACAGCCUGUUGUUGUGGAUGGUUCACAGACUUUAUGCAAACUUGCCAAAUGUGCAAAACACAGAAAUGAUCAUAUUUUUGUAAUCAAACUACUUUUUGUGUGUCCUUUUUUACUGGGUUUUCUGUCUGGUUUAUUGUAGACCAAAUAAACCUCUGAA